AAGCUCCCGGCUCGCUCCAACACAAAGAACUUGGAGAUAAGGCAACAUUUUACUCUAGCUACCUAUUUGACUCUCAAUUGCGCAAAUACUCUAUCUCUCGCAUCAAACAAUUGAUCGCGCAUUUUGAAGCAUGGCAUCCAAACUAUUCCCAGGGAAUCCCUCUGAGGUGAUGGUGAUCCGCAAGGUCACACCAGACAUUGUAACUCUGAGCGUACCUUUUGCGCGAUUUGGGAUCAUCAAAUUUGGAGGUCGAGGAACACUUGUCAAGCUAUCCUCCGGUUCUCUCGCCGUCUUCUCGCCCGUCGCACUCACGCCCCAAGUACACGACGCGAUCACCUCGCUAGGAGGCCCAGUCAAAUACAUCGCAGCACCAGACAUGGAGCAUCACCUAUACGUGACGCGAUGGAAGGAUGCAUUUCCCGACGCGCAGGUCCUCGCGCCCGAAGGGCUCAAAGAGAAGCGGCAAUCGAACCCGGAGUUCAAAAACACCGAAUUCACACAUAUCUUCACGUCCGAGAACAAGCAAAAGCUACAGAUCUCAGAAGAAUUCGACUCGGAAUUCGAGACGGAAUACGUCGACGGCCAUGUAUCGCGGGAACUGGUCUUUCUGCACAAGCGUAGCCGUACCCUGAUCGAAGCUGACUUGCUUUUCAACCUCCCUGCAACAGAACAGUAUUCGAAAUCGGGCGUAUCGCCCACGUCGGGGAUAUUGACGAGAAUCAUAGCGCCUCUGAUGUCGACGGCUCCGCCAGCGACGUGGCAGAAAAGGUUCAUAUGGCAUCUUACAGUAGCUAAUCGCCAGCGAUAUAAGGAGUCUAUUCGGAGGAUUGAUCAGUGGGAUUUUGAUCGGUUGAUUCCGUGCCAUGGGGACGUGAUCGAGACAGGGGCGAAGGGUGUGUUUAGGAAUAUAAUGGAGUGGUUCCUUCGUGAUAAUUGAGAAAAGCAGGAUUCUGUUCAUGGGAGUGGAGUUGACAGGGUUUGGACUAUCGUGAGACAGUUGAGGAGCUGCAGUGGAGUUGAAAAUGUCUUUCGAAAGGAAACGAAUGAUACCUUGGCCAAUCUUGGAGAUAUGCAUUGUUUCGAGCUGAUUCUGGUAUUCGC